UGUGUGUGUGUGUGUGUGUGUGUGUGUGUGUGUGCGCGCGUGUGUGUGUGUGUGUGCGUGUGUGUUUUAUUGGUGUGUCAGUGUUUUAGAGCAGCCGAUGAGAGAGUUCAGUCGGUGGAGAAACGAGACGAGAGAAGAUCUGAAACGAGGAGAAAGAAAACUUUGUGAUGUUGAGAUUUAGCCCCUCCAUCUGAUGACAACAGUGAUUGUAGCCCCACCCACACCUCCACAGCACCAACAUGGCUGACCCUAACCUGUCAGGUGUCCCUCCUCCCUCCCUGUCUCCAUCCUCUCAUCAGAACGGGAGGAUCGGGCCAACGGCACCCAAACGCUCUCCACCCCCCCACCAUGAUGGCCGUCUGGAGGCUGGAGCGGGACACCUCAGUCCCAGCAACACCGGUGCUGUUCCCCAGCUUCCCUCCGCACCCAGAACCAGAACCUCAGCCUGCAGCUCCCCCCUCAGGACCCUCAGGACCCUCCGGAUCCUCGGAGGUCCAGGUUCAGGUUCUGGUCCUGAAGGCUCCCCGAGGCCCCGGGGUCAGAGCCUCGGCUCGGCUCUCAGCUCCAGGACCAGAACUAUGAUUUCCAGGAGCAAGCGUGGGAGCAGCCAGCAGGAGGAGCCAGAGGCCUUGUUGGACCUGAUCCUGGAGGGUCAGGGUCAGAGACUGGAGGACCAGAGAGCCAGCCUCAGUCUGCUGCCUGACCCAGGACCAGCUGCACUUUGUGGGGCCUGCAGCCCCGACCAGCCCGCCCCCCCAAGUCUGGACUUCUACUACAUGCUCAUUCACUACCAGUCUGACCGGAUGGAGGACCAGAGGUGUUCCCUUCCUGAUCUGGAGGAUGUGAUUGGUCCAGUUCCUGACGGUCAGGAGGAUUUCUUCUCUCUGGUUCAGAGAGUUCAGUCCCGGAGGAUGAACGAGCAGAGAUCCUCGCUGCUGCAGACGCACACGGAGGAGGAACAUGAAGCUCAUCUUCAUCUUCAGUCUGGAAGUUAAAGAACAGUUGAAGUACUGUUUGUAUUGUCAGACUGGGGAAUAGAGUCUGCAUCUUAAAUACGCUCUGUCUCUAUUAGAGCUUACAACUAGGAGACUUGAAACCAUAAAUGCAGAACAUUGUUCUUCUGUCCUGGAGUGUAAAUGAAUAUGUUUCUGUUUUUAAAACUCUAACAACAUCUGAAAUCUGAACCCUAACCCUCCUGUUGUCUGACCAGGUUUUCAAAGUUUUCUAGAUCAGAAAUUUGGGUUUCUUUCAACCAGAGUGCCCAAAAAUAACAUGGAUGGCUCCAUACAACGCUCUUCGCAAGACAAAUUUAAAUGUUUAAAAAAGCAACAAAAACAUUGAAAGCCUCGAAAAGAACAAAAGGCGAAAUUUCUUUUUGAAAAGCGACAAUAUUGUCAAAAAAAACAUCAAAAGUGUUGAAAACGCAUUAAAAAUGUGUCAAAAAAACGUGAAACGGUGCUAAAUUUCAGACAAAAGGAGGGUUAAAACAGUAAUACAGUUUUGUAACAUGUUACUGAUAUUUAAAUGUAUUUAUCUAACAAACA